AAGCUCUGUCACAUCCCGGUGUUUUGAACCGAACUGUCUCUUCUUGGGCUCAGACGUAGGUGUCUCUGCAUGAAGGCAACGCUUCUUGUGAGGGACGUGUUUUCUUUUUUUUCUGCGUGAAAAUGUUUGCGCCGAGUGGGAGCUUCCCUGCGGUAUGACCUCGGCUCACCGGCGUCCCCUCGUCGACUUUCAAUCGUGGCACGGACGGAGUGUGGCUGUUGUUCGUCCCCCAUCCACUCCAAAAAUAAGCUACUUUUGAGGAGCUAGAACGUUUGGGGUCUCUCUUUUGCUCGUUCUCCGACGUGCACAUUGAUGUUUUGACUUGAAGACGUGACUGGAACCAGAAGAGACCACCUCAUACCUCCACGAGUGGGUUGGGCCUCACAAUGGGGGGAUCCAAAAGUAAGCCCAAGGAGUCGGGUCCCCGCACCAUCAGCCUCGAUACCAACCUCAGCUCCGGAGGCGGGGCCGGCGGCCACCACCUGAACUCCGCUCAGCAGUCCUCAACUCCCAGUCGUAGCACCACUGUGGAGGGCAUCCUCGGUGGCAACCAUUCCAUGAGUACUAAGGCCGAACUCGCCUUGUUUGGCGGCGUGGAAAACAGUAGUCAUGAUUCCUCUUCAAGCAGAAUCACACUCGCGGGAGGCAUAACAACCUUCGUGGCAUUGUACGACUACGAGUCUCGAACGGCUUCCGAUCUCUCGUUCAGAAAGGGAGAACGCCUCCAGAUCGUCAACAACACGAGGAAAGUGAACUGCAGAGAGGGAGACUGGUGGCUGGCACGCUCCCUGACCACCGGAGAGAGUGGAUAUAUUCCCAGCAAUUAUGUGGCUCCGUCCGACUCUAUCCAGGCAGAAGACGAUGCACGAUAUGGACAAAGUCAUCUCACACUGACUGCAGAGUCCAGGUGGUUUUUUGGCAAGAUAACCCGCCGCGACUCUGAGAGAUUGCUGCUCAGUUUGGAGAAUAGAAGAGGAACGUUCCUUGUGAGGGAAAGCGAGACCACCAAAGGUGCCUAUUGUUUGUCUGUGCUGGACUACGACAACACCAAGGGGCUGAAUGUGAAACACUACAAGAUCAGGAAGUUGGACAGCGGCGGCUUUUACAUCACAUCCCGCACACAGUUUAGCACUCUGCAGCAGCUUGUCAAUCACUAUCGCAAACACGCUGAUGGGUUGUGUCACAGUCUGACAGACAUCUGUCCAGUGCUGAAGCCUCAGACUCAGGGCUUAGCCAAAGAUGCCUGGGAGAUCCCCAGAGAGUCCCUUCGUCUCGACCUCAAGCUCGGACAGGGCUGCUUUGGAGAGGUUUGGAUGGGAACGUGGAACGGUACAACCCGAGUGGCAAUCAAGACUCUGAAACCUGGUACCAUGUCCCCGGAAGCCUUCCUGGAGGAGGCCCAGGUCAUGAAGAAGCUGAGGCACGAAAAGCUCGUCCAGCUUUAUGCCGUGGUGUCAGAGGAGCCCAUCUACAUCGUCACUGAAUACAUGGGAAAAGGUAGCUUACUGGACUUCCUCAAAGGUGAAAUGGGCAAGAUGCUCCGACUCCCUCAGCUGGUUGAUAUGGCAUCACAGAUUGCCUCAGGGAUGGCUUAUGUGGAGAGGAUGAACUACGUGCACAGAGACCUAAGAGCCGCCAACAUCCUAGUAGGAGAUAACCUGGUUUGUAAAGUGGCUGAUUUUGGCUUGGCUCGCCUCAUCGAGGAUAACGAAUACACAGCCAGACAAGGAGCCAAGUUCCCCAUCAAGUGGACGGCUCCUGAGGCGGCUCACUACGGACGUUUCACCAUUAAAUCUGAUGUCUGGUCAUUCGGGAUCUUGCUGACCGAACUGGCCACCAAAGGAAGAGUGCCCUAUCCAGGUAUGGUGAACCGCGAGGUUCUGGACCAGGUGGAGCGCGGUUACAGGAUGCCGUGCCCUGCAGAGUGCCCGGAAUCUAUGCACGAGUUGAUGAUGACCUGCUGGAGGAAAGAACCCGAGGAGAGGCCCACCUUUGAGUAUCUGCAGGGCUUCCUGGAGGAUUACUUCACAUCCACCGAGCCUCAGUACCAGCCCGGGGAGAACUUGUGAGGCAGUGUGUGCAUGAAAAAUGUAAAACCAGCCUCAAUGGCGGAAACAUUUCAGUCCAAUCAGCAGCAACUUCCAGUUUUGUCCAAAGCGACUGCCACGGAGACCACAGUGUUUCAAAAGAGGAAUCCAACCGUGCUCUCAUACACGUCCUUUUUUUUUGUGCGUGCGUGUGUGUCACCCAGGAAGUGGGCCCUCUUUCCUGAGGUUGGUGACAUUGACACAUAAAAAACAUUGCUGCAAAGUAGCACUGACCACCGUUAUCUGUUGAACGCUGGCUUGUCGUCUUCCAUUUUUUAUUUUAUUUUUUUAAAUUCCGAUCUUCAGACUGCCGUCAGUGGGAGGAGUUCAGUUGCAAACCUUUGGCUUUCUUGUACGUUUUAUUUUUGACACCCUGCAACUGGAGGCAAGGUCUGUCUCAAAUCAGUUGUGGCAAAACAAAUGGCUACUGAUAAUAAACGUUCAUCUCAGGAUGGAGCGGAGCAGAAUUUCGCAGCAAAAAAACAUUUGUGCCAAUGACAUUUUUCUACUCCCAUCCACGGUGCAAAGGUACGACAGUGACUUUUUUCUCAUGGUUUAAACUGUACCAGUUUCAAGCAUUUGAAUUAAAAAACAGGUGAUGCUUCAUUAAUGUUUCUCUAAUUAUUUUGGCCCCUUCUAUUUUGUGUGCAUUUCUAGCACAACCAUACACUGGAAUUAAUUCAGAUUCAGAAAACUUUAUUUAUCUUAAUGGUACUCGUGCUCGCUUUCUAAGAUUAUCACUGAUCACAUGUUUCUGCUUCAGACUAUCUUUUAGGAAGCCCUCCCAAGCACUUCAUGCACGGCAAAUGAUUUGGUAUUUUUAAAAUAAAUGCAAGUGUAAAUAUAUUGAAUGUUUAUAAUUUGUAUAUAAACACAUAUGUAAUGUUCAUAAUUUAUUUCAUUUUAAAAUAACCCUUUUUGCCUUGAGCGUCACACAAUUGCAUAAAUUCUGGCCCACGCAUAAAAGAAAUGCCUGUAAAAAAAAAAAAAAAGAACUCAUAAUUAUGUAGUUGCAGGAAUGAUGUACUAUGACCAAAAUGCAUUUUAAUAUGGGAAUGGAAUCAAAAUGUUGAAGGUAAUACGAUCUUAAACAUACACACUAGCCGUAGACCUAUAUUUUCUUGUAAUAUUGCAACUUUUUUCCUCAUAUUACAAUUUUAUUCUUGGAAUGUUAGGAUUGUUCUUGUAACAGUAUCUCUUGUGCAAGUUUAUUCUAUUUUUCUUUUGACUGUGACCACCCAAUACUCCUUUUUAUAUAAUCAACUUUAAUCUUUUCAGUUCUGAAUUCUGUAACGUCAAAUGAUGUAUUUAGUAUAUAAAAACACUUUUGCGUUGCAGGUAUGAUUAUUUACGCAUGUAUACAGCAUCUAUCAAACGUUUUGGUUGUUUUUGGACAAAGACAGGUCCACCAGCCCUACGUGUUUACAUGUUGUUGAUUAUUUUUCACAAUCAUUCUUGUGAUGCAUGAGGAGGUGCAUCGUCGUUCAGAGGUACGCAUGAUUGUUGUGGCACCGAAGAUGCAGCAUCCUAGUCCUGUGAACUCAAUUUAGUUCUCUAGCAUUGCCUCAAUCGUGCUUUUAUAAGUAAAAUUUUUGAAAUAUACAGUACAUGCACAAAAAGGGCAAUAUUGCAAGUAUGCUGCCUUGUCAACAAGCCAAGGACAGUUCCUGUGGGCUUCAACUAUGCAGUUUUUUUAAAAACAUAAAUUGGUGAUACAGCUAUGGUACAUAAUCUUUUCUACUGUAUUCAAUGGGAAUUAUGACAUUAUAGCUUUGUGAUAAAUCUUCCUGAAUAUUGUUCCAAUUUUAGUAACUUGCUUGAAUUAAAGAUAUAUAUAAUACACA